AUGGCGUCAGCGUCAGCAUCAACACCAAAUUAUUUUGAGGUCAAAUGCGAUCGACUAACUCCAGUAUCACAAUUUAAUUUAAACGAUUUUAUUAACAACUGGCUUUCUAUUCACAUUGAGAAUAAUGAGAAACUGUCCAUUCUGCGUUCUCCACGUCGAACACAUCACAUCGAAGAGUUUCCCUGUCUUGUAUAUCUCGUUGAAUGUCAUCGUUACAAGCGCAUCCGUGUGUGGUUAAAAGAGCGAGAGGUCAAAGUGGAAAAGUGUUCUGACUAUAUGUAUGAACGAUAUAGUCCAGACCAUAUGCAGUCAUGCUGGGUAUGUAAAUGGCUUGAGUGGGACAAUGACUGGCUUAUCGGCAUGGUAAAUAUUGACGAAAAAACAAUUGUAAAAACAAAUUUCUACCGUUUGAUCGGUGAUCGAUAUGUCGAAUAUGGUGAUCCAGGAAAGUCAUUUCUUGUUUAUCCUGUAUGGGUUCAGGAUCAUUUGGAAGUGAGAGAACGAGUUCGAGAAUAUCUUCUUGAUACACUUCAAACACUCAAUGAAGAACGAUCUGAUCAUCAUGCUAUUCCAUCGCCAGUAGAGGAUAUUAUCGAUCCAGAUCUGCUUGCUUGUCGUCCUCCAUCAUUUGAUCGAGCUAAAUGGAUAGAACAUCAACUACAACAGUUGCAACCUUUUAGAAGAGCAUUGCGAGAUUUCCAACGUGAUUUAGUCGAUGGGGAAUACGAUGAAUUAUCUUGGCAUGAGCAAUUACGAGAUACCUAUCAAUGGUUACCAUCUGAAUUCGUCAUUCAAACUGAUGGCAAAGUAGACAUUCGAAAACCGAUUCUUCAUUUACCCAUGAUACCAAAAUAUCAUCGUAGCUACGGUGCUAUCGCGAAAAUCUUUCAUGCCAUGUUACCUAUGUUUCAACAAAUAAAAUUGAUCUCAAAGGAUACUAUCGAUGAACAACGCUUGCAAGUAAUCGUCAAAGCGCAGAAUUAUAAUAUGAAAGCAGGCAAGACAAACUUUGAAUACGAGUCUGUAUAG